GGGCGGAGUAAAGUGUACCGCAGAGGAGACGAGCAGAGAGAGCUCCUUUUUCAUGAAACGGGAGUAAAGUACUGAACUUUGAGGAGAGAAAAAAACCGAAGUAUCGAUCAUAUACCACUACCAACGUUUGUAUCGAUAUCUGCAUCCAUCUGCCCACCCUUAUCUCCUGGCUAGUAGCUGAGAUCAGCGUGAACCACGUCGGUCUCUGCUCCCUGAUCUGUUUCCUGUGUUUGGAAAGAGUUCCAGCUUCAUCACGGAGUUUCUCUCGGUUUGUGGGCUCAUCUAAAGCUGAGUAACAGGAGGAGAAGAGUCUGGUGGAGCAGCAGAGGAACAAUUUCAGCCAUUUGGACUCAGCUCAGCCACUACAGAGGAAACAAUGACUUCAACACAAAUGGACCAACAUGGAGCAAGAAGUCAGCGCUCUCAGAAGGCCGACAAACCUCACAGAAGAAAAGAAGAGAAAAAAUACAGCUGUGAUGAGUGUGGGAAGGAUUUUACUGGGGCUGGACACUUAAAAAGACACCAACUCAUCCACAGUGGAGUUAAACCGUACUGUUGUGAGUUCUGUGGAAAGCCUUUUGCCCAGGCUGCAGACUUAAAAUCACACCAACUCAUCCACAUUGGAGUUAAAGCGUACAAAUGUGACUUGUGUGAAAAGUCUUUUACCCAUCCUGGAAGCCUAAAAAGACAUCAACUCAUCCACAGUGGAGUUAAAGCAUACAGAUGUGACUUGUGUGGAAAGUCUUUUACCCAUCUUGAAAGCUUAAAAAUACACCAAGUAACCCACAGUGGAGUUAAAGCGCACAACUGUGACUUGUGUGGAAAGUCUUUUAGCCAGGCUGGAAGCUUAAAAAAACACCAACUCAUCCACAGUGGAAUUAAGCCGUACAGCUGUAAGUUGUGUGGAAAAUCAUUUGCUCAGUCCCAAAACUUAAAAAAACAUCAAGUUACCCACUCUGGAAUUAAGGCGUACAGCUGUGACAUUUGUGGAAAAACUUUCAGACAUGUAGGGUACAGAAAUAUUCACCUACGGAUUCACACUGGCAAUGAUGUUUACUGCUGUGAUCAGUGUGGCAAACUGUUUACAACAGAUGCACAGUUACAAAGCCACAUGUUUACCCACACUGAGGAGAGACCUUAUAAAUGUGACCUGUGCAAUAAGGCUUUUAAAGAGCCAAGUUCCCUGAAAAAGCACCAACAGAUCCACACGAGAAAAAAACUCUACAAGUGCAGUUACUGUGAGAAGCAGAGCGACACAGAUGGAUCCAGUUCUCAACCCUGUCGUCAGUGUGGUGGUGGGAAAGACUUUCGCUGUGACCUUUGUGGAAAAACGUUCAGCCAUCACCGAAGUCUAGAACUACAUCAACGUAGACACACUGGAGACAAAAUGAACUACUGCAAAGAAUGUGGAAGAGGCUUCCCCACGCCAAGUAUAUUAAAAAUACAUGAACUUAUUCACAGCGGGGUUAAAAAGCACGUCUGUGACCAGUGUGGGUCAUCCUUCACCACUGCAGGUCACCUUAAAAGUCAUAAACAAGUCCACACAGGAGAGAAACCAUACAAGUGCAGACACUGUGACAGAAGCUUCUCGUGUUCAACUAGUCGUAACAAUCAUGAGAGUACACACAUGGAAGAGAAAUUCAGCUGUGACCAGUGUGACAAGACCUUCAAGAAUAGCAGUUCAUACUCCAAACACAAACGAUACCAUGCUGUAAAUAAACUGUUUCACUGUUACCAGUGUGCAAAAGCAUUCACUUCAUUAUCUGCUCUGUGCAAUCAUCAGCGUGAUCAUGCAGACCUGAAGUCUCUGGAUCACAAUGAAUCUGAAGAGACAGAAAAUUCCUGUUUGCAGGGUCAGACUUCAAAACCUUGAGAUCAGGCUCCACAGAGUUCAGCUGAUUUCACACUUGCAUCUGAUGAGUUAGCUCUUAUUUCCGGACCUGCAGUGAGUAAUCCUGAAUGUUACACUCAGGAAGCUGAAAUUAUAAAUAUCUGAGUAACAGGAGGAGAAGAGUCUGGUGGAGCAGCAGAGGAACAAUUUCAGCCAUUUGGACUCAGCUCAGCCACUACAGAGGAAACAAUGACUUCAACACAGGAGGACCAACAUGGAGCGAGAAGUCAGCGCUCUCAGGAGGCCGACAAACCUCACAGAAGACAGAGGGAGAAAAAAUACAGCUGUGAUGAGUGUGGGAAGGAUUUUAGCCAUCCUAAAAACUUGAAACCCCACCAACUCAUACACAGAGGAAUUAAAUCGUACAGCUGUGCAGAGUGUGGAAAAUCUUUUACCCAGGCUGGACACUUAAAAACACACCAAAUCAUCCACAGUGGAGUUAAACCAUACAUCUGUGACUUAUGUGGAAAUUCUUUUACUCAGGCUGGAAGUUUAAAAACACACAAAUUCAUUCACAGUGGAGUUAAACCGUUCAGGUGUGAUUUGUGUGGAAAGUCUUUUACCCAUCUUGGAAGCUUGAAAACACACCAGCUUAUCCACAGUGGCAUUAAAGCGUACAGCUGUGACUUGUGUGGAAAAUCUUUUAGCCAACCUGGACACUUAAAAACACACCAACUCAUCCACAGUGGAGUUAAAGCACACAGCUGUGAGUUGUGUGGUAAAGCUUUUACGCGCAGUAGCCACUUAAGAAGCCAUCAAGUUACCCACUCUGGAAUCAAGGCGUACAGCUGUGACAUUUGUGGAAAAAAUUUUGGCCAGCCAGGGCACCGAAAUAUUCACGUACGGAUUCACACCAAAAAUGAUUUUUGCUUCUGUGAUCAGUGUGGCAAACUGUUUGUGACACACAAAGACUUACAGCAGCACAUGUUUACCCACACUGAGGAGAGACCUUAUAAAUGUGACCUAUGCGUAAAGGCUUUCAAAGAGCCACGUUCCCUAAGAGUCCACCAACAGAUUCAUAUCAGAAAGAAACUCUACAAGUGCAGUUACUGUGAGAAGCAGAGCGACACAGAUGGAUCCAGUUCUCAACCCUGUCAUCACUGUGGUGGUGGGAAAGUGUGUUGUUGCGUUGUUUGUGCAUAACAUUUCAAACAUCAAGAGAGCCUAAAACCACAUCAAUGUAGACACACUGGAGACAAAAUGAACUACUUCAACGAAUGUGGAAGAGGCUUCCCCACAUCAAGUCAAUUAAUAAAGAAGCAAUUAACCAUAAAGCACUAUCUCCUUCACACUGGUAUUCAAAAGCACCUUUGUGACCAGUGUCAGUCAUCCUUCAUUACUGCACGUGACCUUAAAGUGCAUAAAUGAGUCCACACAAGAGAGAAACCAUACAAGUGCAGACACUGUGACAGAAGCCUCUUACAAUCGGCUCAUUGUAAACUUCAUGAGAUUACACACAUUGAAGGGAACCUGCAAAGGAAGAAUUUCAUGGCUCUGAGUAACCAUUUGGUUUUUUGAGAUGUAUAUGAACAAUAAACUUCCUGAAUCUUGAAUGUAGAGUCCAUCAGAACACAGAAUUAUUUUUCAAAUAUAUUUACGACUUAAUUUAAACAGAAUGUGGGAGAGGCUUCCCCAAACCAAGUGAAUUAAAAAAACAUGAACUGAUCUCAAGUGGGGUUAAAAAUCACCUCUGUUCUCUGGGCUUUACUUUCAUGCAAUACCAGUUUGUACCAGAAGAUGGAGCAGUGAGUUAGUGUAACCUCUUAUUCACAGUGGCAACAAAGUACUGAUGGGAAUUCCAUCUCUUUCUAGGGAACUGGCUCUUUUGGCUCAGCUCACUAAAAAGAUUACCGGAUCCCAACUGGCUCUUCAGGUUGUUUUGUUGCUUUAAUUAAUUUAUCAUUAUCAAUGAUAUAACGUUAUGUACAAAAGGAAUUACUAAUGUUAAAAACAAAACGUGGUUUUAUUUAUAUAUGUUUAUAUAUAAAUAUAUGCGGUGGCCCCUAGAGACAAAGCACGUACAAACUCCAAAACACAUGUCUAGCAUUAACUGAACUUCCAAAACAGAGCUACCUAGAUCACUUAAAUUACACAGUUGAAAGCAUAUGUGUAUUGUUUGUGUAUUUAUACACAAGCACUCAUAUAUAUUCAAAUAAUUCAAAAAAAUGUUAAUUUACCUGUUACUACCACACACCAAAUCUGGUCAUUGGUACUUGCUGGCUUGUGUAGCCACUAGGUAACAAAAGCUCAACACUGCGCCUAGCAUCCUGGAGCACUUCUGUUGUCUUUUGUACGUGUUUUGGAGGUUUUACGUGCUUCGGAGUUUGUACGUGUUUUGGAGUUUGUACGUGUUUUGGAGUUUGUACGUGUUUUGGAGUUUUUACGUGUUUUGGAGUUUGUACGUGCUUUGUCUCUAGGGGCCACCGUAAAUAUGCUUUUAUUUAUUCACUCCACAUAAAAUGUAAUAAAUAAAUCAUAUAAUACAAAAAACAACUAUUUACAUUUCAACUUUUAACUAUUUAAAUUUUCAACUUUUUCCAUUUAAACACAUUUAAAGUGAAACAACACAAAACACUGCAAACUACAAUACAAUUAAAUAUAAAUUAAAAUAUGCAAAAGAAAAGAAGAUGCACAUUCCCUGUCAUAUGGGCCUGCAUGAAUAAACUUUCUGAAUCCUUUAUCAUCCGCAACUGAAAAUAGUUGAUUUGAUGAUUACUGUACCUUUCUAAUGUGACGUUGUUGUCCCUGGCUCACUUUCUCUAUGGCUGUAUCCCAAUUCAGGUUCUGCAGCCUUAAUGGUCCACAAGGGCCGCGUACUCAAAGACCACUAAGGCCGGAAGUGCGAGGCUUGUAGGCUUGUGAAAUGGGACGGUCUAGCCUCCGUCGUGCUGCCCAGGUUGCCUAGCAACAGCUUUGUUUGACAGAAAUGAAGGAGAACAUAUUUUGUUCAUUUGUUCAUUUGUUUCUACAUGAGCUUUGUGUGAUUUGAUAAGUAUCUGAGGCUGAGACCACAGGACUGUAAAACAUGAUUGUUGGGCUUCAUUUCUGUACUGAACAGUCAUUUUAAGAUUAGUUAGUAAAAAACAAUUAGCUAAUGUUGUUCUUCAGACUAAAGUCAGUGUAAAUAUAAUAUGACCAAUAUUAUAGUUUUUAUAUUAAUCAUUAUUAGUUAUUACAGCAGUGAACUUGAACUCUCAAAUCAAAUCACUUUUAUUGUCACAUCACAUGUGCAGGUACAGCACAUGUGAGUGAAAUUCAUGUGAGUGAACUCUGUGUCAAAUAUUGAGCUUCAGUAAAGAUUCAAGUUGCAGUUAUUUAUAUUUCCCAUCACCUUAGAUGUAUAGAUGUAUUAUAUAUAAGAGACAAAUAUUGUUUGUUUAAUAUGUUGGCAUUAUUACAUUUGGCUCAAUGCUUACAUAUAUGUAUAAAAAGAAAAUGUACGAGCUGUGAAAACUGUUUCUAAUAGAAUGAAGAGUAGACUGAUAUAUUAAAUAUUCCUUUAUUGGGUGAGAAAAUCAGACCAUGUCAUAACUGCUUUAAGUCAUACAGAAUAGAUAUCAGAGCCUUAAACAGGCUGACUUCUGCUAAAUGGGUCAAACUGGGCAGAAAGUAAACAAACACAUAACAUCCUUAUAGAAUAUGAUGUAACACUAUAGAUCAACUUACCUCAGAAUAUAUAAAGCAUAUAAACAAUUACAGCAAUAUGAUGCAACAAACAC